UUCAGCGUUCUGCAAGACUGCAACUAUUGGGCAAUCUUCGCAGCCUCCCACUUUAUCUUUUGACAAAUAUUCAAUCCUCAAAGUGCUCAUCCUCCUAAAUCCAAUGUUAGCUAGCUAGCUCUUUUAAGCCGUGUUCUCGCCCUAUAUAAACCACCUUCUCUAUCACACGCUUAACGGAACAAGCUAGAGAUAUUUUUUCACAACCACCUCUUUCAAUUCUCUCCUCUCUUAUUCCAAAUUCAAAUUAGAGGAAAAAGGGUCAAAUAAUAAUUAAGUGUAAUAUGGAUACGAUCAGUGUUCAGGCGAUGAGAAGCUUAUCAGAUAGUGACUCAUUAUCAUCUGCAACAUAUGCAAGUGAAGAAGAUAUGAAAAUUAAGAAAGGUCCAUGGACUGAGGAAGAAGAUUCUGUUCUGAUCAACUACGUCAACUUCCAAGGCGAAGGUCAAUGGAACUCCCUCGCUCGCUCUGCAGGUCUAAAGCGAACGGGCAAAAGCUGCAGACUGAGAUGGUUGAACUAUUUGCGACCAAAUGUUCGACGUGGGAACAUCACCCUUCAAGAACAGCUCUUGAUUCUCGAACUCCAUUCCCGCUGGGGCAAUCGGUGGGCUAAAAUAGCAGAAGAAUUGGGUGGGAGAACAGACAAUGAGAUAAAGAACUAUUGGAGGACUCGAGUGGUGAAGCAGGCCAAGCAACUCAAAUGUGAUGUAAACAGCAAACAGUUCAGGGACACGGUGCGUUUCGUUUGGAUGCCGCGCCUUAUGGAGCAGAUUCAGGCUUCUUUCAGGAUUGUUCCUUCAGAUUCUUCCCAUGGCCUUGAUCAAACCACAUUGUGCAACACUCAACAAACAGAAUCUAGUACUGAUGCCAAUCCCACCAUGUUUUGUGACAACUCAAUGGUUUCAUCGUACUCAUCAGAGGUUGAUCUUCAGCCUCUUUCUCUUUCUGAUACAAGUACAACUUCAUCAUCGGAAAGUGCAGAGAAGAAGGAGUCCAUAUCCUCCUCCCUUUGGCAGCAAUGGGACUACUCUGACCUCCAAGCAUUUGAACCAUGCAAUGGUUUUGGUGAUGCAGACUUGUGGACCGAUGAAAACAUAUGGUUCUUGCAGCAGCAUCUUGCUGAUCACUUAUGAUCCAGUUUUGCAAUUAACAAGUUCAAAGAUAUAUCAUAGUUUGCCUGAUAUGGCUAAUUAAACUACUGAAUGUCAUUAUUUAACUGAUGAUUGAUUGUUUGUAAUUGUCCUAUUAUAUGAUAUAUUAGUUUUCUUAUGAAAUAAGAUACUUGUAGUUGAAUAGUAAAUUUCUCCAAGAGCAUGUAGGAACUCAAUUUAAGUUGACCCUAUUUUUAGUGUCCGUUAUUGUUACAUACAAUUUGAUACUGUAACAUUUAUUAAUGUUUGCUCUAAUGAUAAAACUUCAGUUUUUC